CGCACGAUGGAUAUUUUUAAUUGCUACGUAGCUUUACUGUUUGUAUGUUACGCUAUAAGGCGGUGUGACUCUGCUGGUUUUUCUUCACAAAAGGUACUAUGCGCUACACCAAUUGGAAAGUUUAUUGGAGUUUCACAUUUGGCAUCAUUUAAUAACAAAACAAAGAUCGCCAUGCGAUUUCUACAAAUUCCAUACGCAAAGCCUCCCAUCGGUGAUUUGCGAUUGAGAAGACCAGUGCCUUUUGAAUUCAAAGCCGAUCAAACCUAUGACGCGACGGAGUAUGGUCCGCAUUGUAUCCAGUCUAUUUUUGGGGAUGACUUUUAUACAAACGAACGUAAGCAGAGUGAGGAUUGUUUGCAUUUAAAUUUGUAUGUGCCUGGAAAUAAGGUUGAUUCACGAAACAGAUUUGCAGUUAUGCUGUACAUACAUGGUGGAAGUUUUGCCGUUGGAGGUGGAGAGAUAUAUGCAGGUGACACGCUAAGUGCCUUUAAUGAUGUUAUAGUAGUGACAAUUAAUUACAGACUAGACGUAUUUGGAUUUCUCAGCUCUGGUGCUAAAAAUGAUGGAAACUACGGCCUCUGGGAUAUGCAUAUGUCAAUCCAGUGGGUUCACGACAACAUCGGCUUCUUUGGUGGGGACAAUCUUAGGGUGACCUUGUUCGGUAAUUCAGCUGGUGGAGCUGCAGUACUGUUCCAGGCCCUUUAUCCGCCUAAUAGGGGCCUCAUUCAACGAGUUAUUGCUCAAAGUGGGUCAUGCUUUUCAGGUUGGGCUGUUCAAAGACACCCUAGAAACCUGUUUGAGCGUUUACUAGAACAAAUGCCAUGUUCUAGCCAGAACGGUCUAGAGUGUCUUAGAACAUUGGAUGCCGUGACGCUGCAGAGAAUAAACAUCCACAGAUGGUUUGUACCUUCAGUGGACAAUGAUUUCGUUCCAAUUAACCCUGCAUAUCUACCAUUGCGAACAACAGAAAGAAGUAUUGAAGCCCUCGAUUUUUUUUCUGAAAUAGAUUUUAUGACCGGGAUAAUGAGCAAGGAUGGAUCGCUAUCACUUAUACAUCGAACCAAUGACAUUUCUGAACGGGUAACUAUGCAUGAGUUUGAAAAAUACAUAAACGGAGUUGUCUCUUGGGAGUAUAGUAAGACGCUGUCUAAGGACCGAUUGAGUGAAAUAGUGUCGCACUAUGCGCGUACCGGAGUUUUAACUAGAGACACAGAAGUGGAUUUUAGGACCGAUUUGACAUUCUUACUAGGGGCCAAAUUUGCACUUGAAACUCACAGUUCUCGGAAAUUGCCAAGUUCGCAAGGACAUACAUUCUUUUAUGUGUUCAAUCAAACACCUUCGUUUGCACCCAAAUUACACUUUUUAAAUGGAGUUAGCCAUGUUUUCGAACUUCCGUACGUUUUUGGAUUUCCUAAGGAAAUGGAACACAAGUUUAUCAGGGAUUACAAAUCAACUAGUUUUUCAAACGUUUCGGGGAAAGACAUUGAAUUGUCUGAACAAAUUAUGAACAUAUGGAGUAAUUUUGCGAAAUUUGGAAACCCAAAUAUUCGUGACGGUAACACCGGCGUAGACGUUCCCUUUUGGCCACCGUUUACGACAUUGGAUGGAUAUUAUCUUGAACUUAAAGCAGGGAUGACUAACGCAUCAGCAGGUCAACAUUAUGAAAAAGAACGAACGAAGGUUCUAGAAGAUAUGUAUUAUGACUUACAAAUAUCCGGUAGUGGUAUUCUCGCAUCAGCGACAAGUAUCAACACCCACAGUGCAAUUGUGUUAUUGUAUAUAUUCUGGUUAUUUACACAGAUAAUUAUAUGACAGGGAAAAUGGUGCGAUUAAAUAGUCGGGGCGUCUUUUACGUGUUAGCAUAUCUUAGUUUUAGAUUGUAAAUUUUUACACGCUCAAAAUGUUACGUAAUGGUGUCUUUAUGGCAGUAAUGUAAUUGUGAAUGUUAAUGACAGUCCUUGGUAAAUGCAUAUACGAUAAAUGUAUGAUUAUUAACUACACUUUACUAGGUAUUGAAAUAUACUUGCUAAGAUUUACAUAUAUUUCUUAUAGCAGCGUUGAAGAAAUUGUUUAAAGAUUGUUUACAUUUGCAAUCGAUUGAUUUC